AUGGGCCCAAGAGAGGGUGUCAUCUUGGCCUAGCCCAUUUGGACUUAAAAGAGAUAUUGAGAGAUGAGAUCUAGGUGCCCAUCUUAGGGUGUCUUAAGAUAAGAUUAAGAGAAAGAUUAGAGCAUUGUCCUCAUAGAGUGAUCUAGGCCAUCUACUAAGAGAGUCGGUUAUUAAUCAUAAUCGUCUACUAAAGGGGCCUAAUUCUCAAGAAGAUUAAGACAUCUUGCCCCCUUCUUAAAAGGGCACUUUUUGGCUCUCUCUAGCAAAGACUAGUUGAAGGAAACAAGAAGAAAAUCAAGGCCUGGUUAAUGUCAUUUUCAUGUUUAAGAUCAUCGUGGAGAAGAGAUUACUUGGAACACAUCAAAAUCAUCACAGAUCAAGCAUCACUUGGCCUAGGACUAACGCAUAAUGAGAUUUGUGCAAGAUCUAGAUUUGGGACAUCUUUGUAAUCCUCUCUAUGGAUAAAUUAACUUUUAAUUCAAAUUAGGUUUAUCAUUUGUUCUAUCAUUUCAUUAUGUUAAAUCUAUUCUCUUUCUUUUGCCACACUUUUCAUUUCUCUUAUCUUCAUCCUUUUUAGAUUUAAUUCUAUUCUUCACAAUCUUAAGUAUAUAUAUAUAUAUACAUAUAUGUAUAUGAAAUAAAAUAAGUAGAAAUCUUACUCUCAUGACCCAUGCUCCUUGAGGAUCAAUCCUUACUUAUUCUAAAUAGAGGAGUGAGAUUUUAUAAAUAUUAUUUACAUGAACUUAGUUGCUUCAUGACGACACAUUUAACCUCCAAUUUGAGUUUAUCAACUCUAGGAACUAUCAUAGUGAAAUUGAGAUUACAAUCACAAAAGUAGAUGUAAGCUAAAUGGUUUUGGCCAACCCACUAUAAAAAGAUUUAUAACUCAAGUAUAUGUUUUCUUAAUAUUCUAAUUAUAUUAAGUUCAAUAAAAAUGAAAAAUUAAAAAUUAUUUAUAAAAUCUUAGUAUAA